CAAAAUCAUUAAGCUUUAGUACAAUGGUUCGCUCUCGUUCUAAUUUAGCGAGCCCAACUCGAUGGGCUCGUUCAAUUUUAAUAUCUUUCUCGAUUCCAAGUUUUACGUUAAAAAGCUGUUUUAUUUUUUCUUUAGUUAUAUCCCAAUCCUUUUCUUCAUUUGUUUCAAUAAUCCCAUCAAUUCUUAAGUUAUUGCGCCUGUUUCGAUCUUCAUUAUCUACGCUUUUUAGUUUUAGUUCCGUAUUGUCUGAGGAUAUUUUUCCCUGCAUUUUUCUGACAUUAGUUAAAUCUUCACAAACUUUAUUUAUUUUUUCGCCUACAGCUUUAACCUUGUCUUCGCAUACUCCACCAACAAAAUUCAACCCUGAUUUUAGAUCGUCAAGUUCGCGACGAAUAUCUUGAAUACUCGAUUGGAAAAUAUCAAACUUUAGGUUUGUGCUUAAUAUUGACUCCCGAAAAAAAGAUAUAAUUGUUUCUUUUUGAAGAUUUAACAUUUCCCUCAUCAUUACAAUCGAUACAAAUUCUUCCGAUUUAGUCAUUCCAGAUGAAAUAUUUUAUGUAAAAAUAAUACACAAAGAAUUAUUAAUAUUUUAUAUACUUUUUAUUACUGCGAAGAAAAACACGUCCGUUCACCACAAUGCUCAAAGACCAAAAAAUUAAAAAUUUGUUACUGUUGUUCUAAUUAUAUAUUUUUUGUUUAACGUUUCAUUUAUUUAGGAUUAACUUAUUUUAUCCAGUGCAAACUUCUUCACUCGAGCGAAAUCCAAAAAAAUCUAGAGCUACUCUAUUGAAACAUAAUGCAUAUAAUGACCCACUCUCUAACGUAACUUUAUUAUCAUCAAUGAAAAAAACAGAACAGUUGCAGUGUCUUGACAUACCAAUAAAAGCAUUGUCUCCACUUCCAGUUAGAACUUCUCUUCUCAAAAGAAAAAAAAAUAAUUCUAAUACAACUGUAUUGACGAGUAGUCCUUACAAAGAUGCACUCUCUGGAAGAGCUUUACUGCGACCAAAUAAAAAAAUAAAGCAGGACAGACAAUGUUUGAAAGAGUGUGAGCAAGCAAAUAAAUCUCUUCAAAAUAAAAGCUGGUUUUGCUACCUCUGUGAAGAAAAUAUAAAAAAGAGUAUACAAUGCCUUACAUGUCAAGGCUGGAGCCAUAAUGACUGUGCAGGUGUUAAUCAAAAACAAAAACGUUAUAUUUGUAACUUUUGUCAAGAAUAAAGAUUUUCUGUUUUGUAUUAUUAAUAUAAUGUGCA